AUGACAUGGCCUCUCGCCUCGACCCCACCAUGCGCCCCUCCCCUCACACAGGGAUGUGGGCUGGCUUCCAGCCCCAAUGCACAUCCUCUCUCAACACCCAAUCUCCCCCACAACCCGGAUGUUAACCCCACCGCUCCCUGCUCGGCCCGCCCUCGCCCUCGCAUCACCCCACCCCUCAACAGGGAUGGCGACGACGAGGAUGACUAUGAGGACGACUACAAGGGUGACUAUGAGGGUGACUACGAGGGCGACUACAACGGUGACUACGAGGGCGACUACAAUGGUGACAACAAGGGCGACUAUGAGGGUGACAAUGAGGGUGACAACAACAGGGUGACAACAACAACAGGGCGACAACAACAGGGCGAUGGCAAGGAUGGCGACAGGGUGAGGAGGACAACGACGACAUGA